AAAAGAGAAGCAUCCGAGCGUUGGAUAGCCCGUCACUUCCGCCGUAAAGGCACAGAUCCGCCGCCGCGUACCCAUUAUGAAAUUUGGACUGAUGGCUCCGUAUUUCUCGGAGUAAAAUCUGGAGCAGCAGCAAUGAUAUACAAAGAUGGUGAACUGCUCUGUACCACACAUAGAGGCGCUGGCCCCCUAGCUUGCAGCUAUGCAGCCGAAUCCGUAGCGCCAUACGAAGGUUUACGGAGACUCCUCAAAAUAAUUCCUACAAAUAACCAAACGCCCUGCAGGGUCUCCAUUUUUACGGACUCACUGUCUCUUCUCACGGAACUGGAAACAGGCCCACUUACUGUAACAGACCCAUUACUACGGCUCCUGUGGAACCUAAUACUUCAAGUGCAACGUCGCAAGGCCCGCAUACGACUACAAUUUAUCUUUGGUCACUGCGGAGUAGUGAAAAAUGAAAAAAGUGACACAGAAGCCAAAAAAGCUGCAGAAUUACCGCAAAGAACUGAUACUUGGAUCACAGAUAUAAUAGACUACGCCAAACGAAUACUUAAAGGAGAGGGUACACCCCCUCCCUCCCAUAGAUCAAAAAUCACGGGAUCCUGGGACCCCACCAAAGACAACCCGGAACUUACUAGAGAAGAAGAAACAGCCUUAGCACGUUUUCGCACAUAUGCUUCGCAUCGCUAUGGCUGGUUGCUGCGAAAGGUAAAAACCCAUAUACCCCCUGGUUGUUGA